AUGCAGGCUGGCAAGAUCGUUCAGAGGCCAUCGGGCAACGGCACGCCGAUCCUUCAGCCCGUCACACCGUCAGAGAAGCCUGCAGAGGGAUCCACACAUGGCGUUCUUGCCGCUGCCGCUGCUGCUGCCGCUGCUGCAUCGUCCGCAUCGAAGCUAGCUGAGCCGACACCUGUGAAUCCAUCUUUACCCUCCGCAGCAACGCUAGGAGGAGCAGCGACGCCUUCAGGAAAAGCCACUCCAUCAGCCGCAACCUCCGCGACACGUUCCAAAACCAUCGUUCUGACCGACGCAGGUCGAGCGCCUUGGUACAAUUCGAUCGGAGAACCAGUGUCAGCCUAUGUCGUUGGUAUCGCUGGUGGGUCUGCCAGUGGCAAGACGUCAGUCGCAAGGGAGAUUCUCAAAAAGCUGCCCAACGUGCCUUGGGUCGCCAUUGUCAGUCAAGACGCUUACUACAAAUCGCUUUCGCCCGAAGAGUCCAAGCUUGCCUUCCAAGAACAAUACGACUUCGAUCACCCCGACGCUUUCGACUACGAUAUCCUCAAACGAUGCAUUCAAGACCUGCGCCAAAGCAAAGCAGUAGAGAUUCCGGUAUACAGCUUCGUGCAGCAUCAGAGGAUGUCAGAGACAAAUUAUCUCUACGGACCAGCCGUCCUGAUCGUGGAGGGCAUCUUUGUGCUGCACGAUCCCGCCAUUCGCGAUUUGCUCGACCUCAAGGUCUACGUGCAAGCGGACUCGGAUCUGAUGCUUGCGAGAAGGAUAAAAAGAGAUAUCGUAGAGAGAGGCAGGUCGGUCAACUCGGUGCUGGACCAGUAUUUGCGCUUCGUCAAGCCUGCUUUCGACACGUUUGUAUCGGCUACUGCACGACACGCUGACAUGAUCGUACCCGGAUCGCACAACGAGGUCGCCAUCGAGGUCAUCAGCCAGCACAUGGAGAAGCAACUUAGGAACAGAUCCAGGAAGCUGCGUGCCGAAUUCUACAAGACUCCCGCCACAAAUGUACCUGCACCUCAGGGGACCGACAGACAUUCGACUUCGAUGAGCCCUUACGACGGCCUUGGCUCUGCCUACGAGCGACGAACGAGCCUGACGCACAUGAAACCCAGGUUGGAACGCAACGAAUCAUUCGGACUGUCAUCGUCGCAGCUGGCUCGGGGCGCAUCUAGCACUUCAACAGCCGACGAGGCGGGGCUGCCACCCAACGUCACCUUGCUCGCCCAGACUCCUCAGCUGCAGUCUCUGCUCACGCUCCUACAUGAUCGAUCCACGCCCACGAGCGAAUUCACGUUCGCCUGCAAACGUGUGGGUACGCUCAUCGUCGAGCUGGCGACUACCUUGCUACCGUAUCGAGAGAAGGAGGUAAUCAUCCACGGCGGCCGCAAGCACGUCGGCCAUGAGCUCAACAUCGAGAGCCUCUGCUCGGUCUCGAUCCUUCGCUCCGGUGCUGUUCUCGAGCCCUCGCUUCGCAGAGCAUUCCCUGCCAUGUCGCUCGGCAGUCUGCUGAUUCAGUCCAACGAAGAAGACGGCGAGCCGCACCUGUACGAUGUCGCGCUCCCAUCGUUCAUCCGUCGGCGCGAGACGGCGGAGAAGUCGUGGGUGUUCUUGCUCGACGCUCAGAUUGGUACGGGCGCAGCUGCAUUCAUGGCUAUCAGGGUGCUGUUGGAUCAUUCGGUACCCGAGGACCAGAUCAUCUUCUUGACGCUUCUGGCUAGCUCGCAGGGCGGCAUCCAUGCGUUGAACCGCGCCUUCCCACGUGUUCGCAUCGUUGUCGCUGGUGUCGAUCCAGGGCUGCAAAAGCUGCGCAUUCCGUGGCAAUCGUCGGUGUCAAACACCGCCUCAGCUAUCAAGCCCGAGCGCGACGAGUCGAGGGGCUACGACGAGAAUGCUGCCGUAGAUGAAGACGACCUCUCACCUGGAUUCAAUCGUCGCGACAAUCUGCACCUUUUGGCCUCGCCACCAUUGCACAGCGUGGACGGAGGAUUUGCAGCCACCGCAGAGCCUAAGCAACAGCAGCAAAGACAUUCAAGUCUGACGAAGUCUCCAGCUAAAGGUAGCCGCGUGGUGUUUGCAAUCACACCUGGAUGUGGCUCGAUUGGCGAUCGGUUCUGGGGUACGGGUUCUCGGUGA